UGUGGUCACGAGGAAAUAAUUAAAACUUGAAAGCCAUGCCAAAGCCAUACCUUACCUCUCUAUACAAUUUUUCAUUCCAUUAAUUUCUUCCUUCCAAAGCUUAGAACCACAAUCUCCUUUGGUAUAUUAUUGCCAUCACCUCUCAAUGAAACACAACAGUGCUACAAAUCAUCAAUUCUACAAAAAUUUUAGACAAUUUCAAUCAUUCAUUCAUAGCCAUGCCAAACCGUUACGUUGGAUCUGGUUUGUUUGGUAGACCACUUCACUCUGUCCUUGGUGGAGGAAAAAUUGCUGAUAUCUUGCUAUGGAAAGACAAGAAAUUAACUUCAGCAAUUGUAGCUGGAUUUUCAAUGAUUUGGUUUCUCUUUGAAGUGGUGGAAUAUAAUCUUGUUACUCUUCUAUGUCACAUCCUUAUAGCCCUUAUGCUCAUUCUCUUUGUUUGGCAUAAUGCAGCUGGAUUAAUCACUUGGAGACUUCCUGAUAUCUAUGAUUUUGAAAUCUCAGAUUCAACCACUAGAUUCAUUCAUUAUAAGUUGAACUUGUUCUUGAGAAUAUUCUUUGACAUUUCAACUGGGAAAGACCUCCGAUUUUUCUUUGUGACAAUAGCUGGUCUAUGGAUCAUGUCUACAAUUGGAACUUUCUUCACCACUGUCAAUUUACUAUAUACAACAUUUGUGUGCCUUGUGACACUUCCUAUAAUGUAUGAGAGAUAUGAAGAUGAGGUGGAUUAUCUAGCAAGUAAAGGAAGCCAAGAUGUGAAGAGAUUGUUCAACAAAUUGGAUUCCACAGUUCUCAAUAGGAUUCCAAGGGGACCUGUGAAAGAAAAGAAGCACAAAUGAUUUUAAAUUUUCUCUUUCACGCAUGAAUUAAAAUAUAAUAAUGUACUCUUUAAUUUCUUCUGCUUUUGCCAUAAAUUGGCAAUUAGCAGAUCUGUUUCCUGCAUGUACUCUUAAUUUUAUAGUUACAUAUAUACAAAGCAUGCUAUCAUGAGCUUUGAUUGUGGAAACCAAAAUUAACAUAAAGCAUGUAUCUAAUU